AUGGCGUCGACAGCUUUUCAUGCUAAAUCAACUGCACUUGAAAUUGUUAAAGGACUUAAUGCGAAAUUAGACGAUAAAAUCGUACUUAUCACCGGUGCCACAUCAGGCAUUGGUAUUGAAACAGCUCGUGCAUUAGCAUCUGCAAAUGCACAUGUAAUCAUAACCGCACGGGAUAUGAAGAAAGGUGCACAAGUUGUAGAGGAUAUUAAAAGAUCUACAAAUAACAAUAAAGUCGAAGUGAUGGAAAUGGAUCUUACUUCACUCGAAUCCGUCAGAAACUUUGUUAAACAAUUUCAAGCUCGUAAAUUACCAAUCAAUAUUCUCAUUUGCAAUGCAGGAAUCAUGGCAUGUCCAUACACAAAGACGAUCGAUGGUUUCGAAUCACAAUUUGGCGUUAACCAUCUUGCGCAUUUUCUUCUAACAACCAGUCUCAUACCUGAACUCAAAGCUGGCAACCCAUCACGAGUUGUUGUUGUUAGUUCAUUGGCAAAUAAGCGUGGUGGUAUCCAUUGGGAAGAUGUGAAUUGGGAGAAAAGUUAUGAUAAAUGGUUAGCUUAUGCACAAAGUAAAACGGCGAAUAUCCUUUUUGCUAAACAAUUGAACAAGUUGUACGAAUCACAAGGAAUUAAAGCUUAUGCUUUACACCCAGGUGGAAUAAUGACUAAUUUACAAAAAGAUGUACCGGUGGAAGAACAACGUGCAAUGGGAUGGUAUAAAGAAGAUGGAUCACUUCUUGAUGGUUUCAAAAAUAUCGAACAAGGUGCUUCGACUAGUGUUUACGCUGCGUUAGCACCUGAACUUGAAAAUCAUGGUGGAGAAUAUUUAGAAGAUUGUGCAAUUAGCAAAGGAGUAAACACAACUGAAAGGUUUUUAGGCAUGGCACCGCAUGCAACAGAUAUGGAAGCUGCUGAACGUUUAUGGAAGUUAAGUGAACAAAUGGUUUCUAGUAAAUAA